AUGCACCUCAUGUACUACACAGACAGCGAAGGGAAGAGGGUAUACACGCUAAAGAAAAUAGACCCUUCAGGGAAGCCAACGUCGUCAGCUCACCCAGCUCGGUUCUCUCCCGAUGACAAGUUCUCACGACAGAGAGUAACUCUGAAGAGAAGGUUCGGUCUUCUCCCCACCCAAACCCCUGACCCACAUUCCUGGUAG